GGAGGUGGAGGCGGUGGAAAAGAAGGAAAAGAAGGAAGAGAAGGAAAAGAAGAAACGAUAGCUGAGUAAGAGAAAGGGAACUAAAGGAGAGGGGUGAUAGUUUAAUCGUCAGAGGUCCGAUUUUGUGUGCCUUGAAGCGAAACGUGCAGUGGUAAAGAAGUGUGUGCAGCGCCCAAAGGAGGAACACGAGAGAGUCGAAGAACUCGAUUCUGUCUUGGUGAGAUCCAUUCUCGGGACAGUGUGCGAAACUACGCGCGGAAAACAACCAUCAUCCAAAGCCUCGAUGUUACCACCUGUAAUACGGUACAUGGCUUUUGGUUGGAUAAAAAACAAUGGUUACACAACCCGACGAUUUAUACCCGGAAAUCACCGAUCCCAUGAGCAGAAGAAAGACUGACGUUUUUGGCAGACUGUUGAUACAGUUUAUAUCGAUUUACUGGAAAUCACUCGUGAUUAUAUUAUGGCCUCUGAUUCUGUUACCUAUCAUUAUCGUCGAAACUACCAAGGUAGUUGCGAUGCGAUGUCUAUACGUGGUUGGUUUGAUGGCAAUGUUCUGGGUGACCGAGGUACUUCCCUUACCAAUCACAGGUUUAAUUCCUGUCGUUCUCUAUCCAUUGAUGGGUAUAAUGAAUACCAGCGACACCUGCGCUUGCUACAUGAACGAUACUACGAUGAUGUUUAUCGGUAGCAUGGUGAUUGCGAUUGUUAUUGAAAAUUCUGGCCUGCAUAUGCGUAUCGCGUUACUGAUCAUUAAAAUGAUUGGUUGCAGUCAUCGAAGAUUAACUUUGGGAUUGUUCUGUGUAACUAUGUUUUUGUCGAUGUGGAUUUCAAAUACCGCUGCUACCACCAUGAUGUUACCCAUUGUUGAAACUGUUCUUCUGGAACUUGAAGCGCAAGGUUUAGGCAAUAUGUUCGUUUCAGAAGAAAAUGACUGUGCUGAAGAGGAUACAGAACCAAUGAAAAAACCGACACAUAUUACCAUGGUCUAUUAUCUCGUAACGGCGUACGCUUCUAGUAUUGGUGGCAUAGGUACGUUGGUUGGUACUGGCACCAACUUGACCUUAAAAGGAUUCUACGAGAGACGAUUCCCAAACAGCUCCGGUAUUAGUCUAACAUCGUGGAUGCUUUAUUCAGUACCACCUAUGCUCCUAAUGGGCUUCCUUACAUGGGUUUGGCUUCAAGUAUUGUACAUGGGAAUGUUUAGAUCAAAAAGCAAAGAUGCUCAAGCUAUUAAUAUUGGCACACAAGGAGAGAAAGUUGCAGCAAGCGUAAUUGAGAAAAAAUAUAAAGAACUCGGUUCGAUUACGUGGCAUGAAUCUUCCGUCGGCGUCCUCUUUAUCAUAGUCGUAUUACUAUGGUUUUUCAGAAGUCCCGGAUUCGUACGGGGUUGGCCAACUUACAUUACUAGUUUACACGUUAAAGACUCUACAGCGGCUGCGUGUGUUACCAUUCUCUUCUUUAUAUUGCCAUCCAAACUCGAUUUUCUUCGAUCGUUCGACCAGGACCCUGUUAAGCGCCCAAACAAGUCAUCGCCUGGCAUGAUUACUUGGAAAAUGAUAAAUCAGAAGAUGCAUUGGAGUUUGAUCUUAGUUUUGGGUGGUGGUUUCGCCAUCUCAGCUGGCAGCAUCAGUUCCAAUCUCUCCUCUAUUCUAGGAAAUGCUUUAACUGCUUUGCAAUCGAUAAAUCCACUUGCAAUACUAUUUAUCGUUUGCGUAUUUGCGGAAACUGUGACAGAAUUGACCUCUAAUGUUGCCGUUGCAAACAUUAUCUUACCUGUUUUGGCAGAAAUGUGUGUCGCUUUACGAAUACACCCAUUGUACUUGAUGCUACCAGCUUCAUUAUGUUGCUCCUUUUCAUUCCAUCUGCCAGUAGGCACACCACCAAAUGCGAUAGCAACUGCAGCAGGACAUAUAAAAACAAGAGAUUUUGCAAUAGCUGGAAUAGGUCCUAGUGUUAUAACGCUUCUCAUCACGAUAAUUGCAUUCUCUACUUGGGGUACAUACAUCUUUAGUCUAUCCGAGUUUCCUGAUUGGGCAACUUAA